CAGUCUAGCAUCCGUCUAGCACGGGUUUGCUCAGUGCUCUGGCUGCACGCCUCAUUGCACUCUAUACUGGAAAUGAGGGACUGAGCCGAGAGAAGAUGGCGGGCUCUGUUUCUUCCUAUGACCAGCUGGUCCGGCAGGUGGAGGCUCUCCGUAAGGAGAACACCCAUCUGCGCAGGGAGCUGGAGGACAACUCCAACCACCUGUCCAAGCUGGAGAAUGAGACCUCCGACAUGAAGGAGGUACUGAAGCAGCUGCAAAGCAAACUGGAGCAGGAGGCUUGCACUUUGGCCUCCUCAGGGAGAACUGAUGUACUGGAUCAGCUCAAAGAGUUACACAUGGAUUUGACCAGCUACUACGAGUUGAAGUACCAGCCACACAAUCUUCGGGUGGCCCCAGAGAGCCUGGCCAUGCAUGUCAGUGAGGGGGAGGACAGACUGCCUCUCCCCUCCUCCAGCAUUGGGAGAGCCAAGAGCCCCCUGCGUAUAGCGCCCCACCAGGUUCCCCCCCUUUCUGGUGAGGGGACAGCUGUGCACCCGGGACCUGCUCACCUUCUGGACGGGGCUGUUCUUAAGCCAGGCGCUAUUGGAGAGGGCUGGGUCACAGCCCAGCACCUGGAGGAACUCUGCAAGGAGAGGACCAUGCUGCUUAGAGAGACUGAGAAGGAGGAACGAGAGCGUCGCUGGUACUACUCUCAGCUGCAGGGGCUGUCACACAGGCUGGCAGAGCUGCCACAGAUCGACACUUUCUCAAUGCAGAUGGAUCUGAUUCGGCAGCAGCUGGAGUUUGAGGCCCAGCAGCUCCGCUCUGUCAUGGAGGAACGGUUUGGAACCAGCGAUGAAAUGGUGCAAAGGACACAGAUCCGAGUGGCACGCCUGGAGCAGCUGGAGAAGGAGCUGCAGGAAGUGCAGGAGGCGAGGGGCGGACAGGAGAAGAGCCCUUCCACUGACGUCCAGCCUAAUGGCAGUGAAAAGCCAGCUAUUCUGGAACCACAAAACAUGUCAAACAAUUCCAUUUCUGAAGCGGCUGGAGACACGGGAAGCAAGGUGGAGAUGGUGUUCUGGCUGCUUUCCAUGCUGGCUACGAGGGACAGGGAGGAGAUGUCCCGCACGCUGCUGGCCAUGUCCAGUUCCCAGGACAGCUGCAUUGCCAUGCGCAAGUCGGGGUGCGUCCCCCUGCUGGUGCAGAUCCUGCACGACAGUCCGGGAGGCAUAGGGGAGGGGUCCGGGAACGGUGGGUGCAGCCGUGAGGCCCGGUCCCGCGCCAGCGCCGCCUUGCACAACAUAGUGUACUCGCAGCCGGAUGAGGGGCAGGCGCGGCGGGAGAUGAGGGUGCUGCACGUGCUGGAGCAGAUUCGCUCCCACUGCGAGAGCGGCUGGGACUGGAUCGAGAACCAUUUAGGGACUCCGUCACCCGGAGGCACCAAAACCACAGGCAUCCCAGAGCCACUGGAGCCUCAGAUUUGCCAGGCCAUGUGUGCUGUCAUGAAGCUUUCAUUUGAGGAAGAGUACCGACGGGCCAUGAACGAACUGGGGGGUCUUCAAGCAGUGGCAGAGCUACUGCAGCUAGACCAGGAGCUGUACGGAAUGCAGAAUGACCCUCUCAACAUGGCACUGCGGCGAUACGCUGGAAUGGCACUCACCAACCUCACCUUUGGAGAUGUGGUCAACAAGGCCACUCUGUGCUCAAAGAAAAGCUGCCUGCAAGCAAUUGUUGCUCAGCUUGCAUCUGAUAGUGAAGAACUGCAUCAGGUAGUGUCUAGUAUUCUGAGAAAUUUAUCCUGGCGAGCUGAUAUCAACAGCAAGAAGGCUCUGAGGGAAGUAGGAAGUGUGUCAGCACUGAUCACCUGUGCACUUCAGGCCACUAAGGAAUCAACCUUAAAGAGUCUGCUGAGUGCCUUGUGGAAUUUGUCAGCACACAGCACUGAGAACAAGGUGGCAAUUUGCUCUGUGGAUGGGGCACUUGGUUUUCUGGUCAGCACUCUUACCUACAAAUGCCAGACAAACUCCCUGGCCAUCAUUGAGAGUGGUGGUGGUAUUCUGCGCAAUGUGUCCAGCCUGGUGGCCACCCGUGAGGAUUACAGACAAGUCCUCAGAGACCACAACUGCCUUCAGACCCUUCUGCAGCACCUGCGGUCCCACAGCCUGACCAUUGUGAGCAAUGCUUGUGGGACACUCUGGAACCUGUCAGCCCGCAGUCCCAAAGAUCAGGAGCUGCUGUGGGACCUUGGAGCAGUCAGCAUGCUGCGUAACCUCAUCCAUUCUAAGCACAAAAUGAUAGCAAUGGGGAGUGCUGCUGCCCUCCGGAACCUUCUCACCAAUCGCCCUUUAAAAUACAAGGACGCCGCUGUUAUAUCCCCUGGGUCCUGUAUGCCAUCCCUGUAUAUGAGAAAGCAGAAAGCCUUGGAGGCUGAGCUAGAUGCAAAGAAUUUGGCAGAAACUUUUCAUUCGAUUGAAAAACAAAGCCCCAAGCAUCCAAACAUCAACAAACCGCUGCGACACAUUGAGAGUCUGGCGAAGGAUUACGCCUCUGACUCUGGCUGUUUUGAUGAUGAUGAGGCCCCCAACAUCUCAAGCAGCCUCGACACAGGGAGCAUCUCGAUGCUUUCCAUGUUUCUCAACAAUUCCAAUUUCCUCCAGGGUCAGACUCGCAAAAAGAGCAGUGAGCCUGAGCGAGAUGUGGACCCACAGAAGGAGGAUGAUAAGAGGUCGACACUUCCUGAUGAUGAAGUGUCUGUCGCAGCAGAGGAACUGGCCAAAAAAAUCACCAACACAGUGGCCAAGAUCGACAAGCUGGUGGAAGACAUUACCAUGCAGACAUCUUCAGAGGACAGCUUUAGCCUUAGCUCUGAGGAUCAUUUUGUAGACUGGCAAUAUGGGUCAGAUGAGCUCCAUGAAGCCAGAGCCAAGUCAUGCUCCCCCUGUCGCCUUUCUGAUACCAGCAGCUUUGCACGUAGAGAGCGUCUGAGCAGAGCCCAUGCCCUCCUGCGCCUCAAAACAGCGUAUACAAGCUUGUCUACAGACAGUCUGAACAGUGGCAGCACCAGUGACAGCUACGGUGGAACCAAGGACCAGAUCCGACCCUCGGCGAGGCCAGCAACCGUACAGAGAAGGCCAAAUAAACUGGAUCUUAAAGUGGCUCAACAAGGAUAUCUCAACAACGAGUCUAACCAUGUCCUCAAUGAGACAAGUCAGGGAGAGGUGCCAGAGAGGGAUUCAAAGGGCUGCAGAGAAAUAGGGCCUGAGCUGAGCAGCACAGACACAGAAAGGGUUCAAGAGCCACCACCACCUACACCAGCUACUGCAUCGACAAAAGUCUCAUCUGAGGGUGGCAUGUCCACUAUCAAGCUGUCCCCUUCUUAUCAACAUGUCCCAUUAAUACAGAGUGUAGCAAAGUUUGGUGUGGCCAAGAAUACCAUCAAUGUAGAGGCAGCUCAGGCAAUGAGAAGGCAAGCCUGGGUGCCAACAGUAAUGACUGGUGGGAGUAUAACUAAGUUUUCCCCAAUCAGUGGUGCAAGGAGCCCAACUCUGGGACAGAUGGAGACUUUGCAAAAGUAUUCUGUGGAAAAUACACCUAUCUGCUUCUCACGCUGUAGUUCUCUGUCCUCACUGUCUUCUGGAGAUGGAGCUCUAGAUGGGCAGAGUCAGAGUGAAAAUGAGCUGGAGAGUGACUCAUCUCUGGAGAUUAUUGAAGUGGAUGAAUGUGACCCGGUAAGGGGAGAAGAGCAGGAUGAGACCUUGGCAGAUCUAAGUGAUAGUCAAUUGCUGCUCACAGAUCAGAAAACAUUUGUAAGCAGUAACAGCCCCACAUCUGAGCCAAUUGAGAUCCCCUGCUCUGUUAAACGAGAAAAGGUAUUUCUCAGGGGGAUUUCACCAGGCAUACAUGAAGACAGAACCCCAUCUAGUUCCUCAGAGAACUAUACCCAUGAAACUCCACUUGUGAUGAGCCGCUGUAGCUCUGUGAGCUCACUGGGUAGCUUUGAGUCCCCCUCAAUAGCCAGCUCCAUACAGAGUGACCCUUGCAGUGAGAUGAUCAGUGGGACCAUCAGCCCAAGCGAUCUCCCUGACAGUCCAGGGCAGACUAUGCCACCAAGCCGCAGUAAAACCCCCUGCUGUGCCGACUCAAGCGGACAGGAGACACAGGCUGGAGGAGGGGGAGGACAGUGGGAAAGCAACUUACGCAAGUUCAUGGAGAUUGCUGAUUUCAAGGAGAGGUUCAACCUACCUCCAGAUCUGGACACUAUGAUCUACUUCACAGUGGAAAAACCCACAGAGAACUUCUCGUGUGCCUCUAGCCUGAGUGCCCUACCACUUCAUGAGCACUACAUCCAGAAGGAUGUGGAGCUCAAGCUCAUGCCACUGCUUCACCAGAAAGACAACAGCUCAACAUUCACUGUGGCCCGUGGACAGCAAGAGGAUGAAGGAGAUGAGCAUCUUUCCUACAUGGACCAACAGGAGAGAUACAGUGAGGGUAAUUCAGAUGAUGACAUAGAAAUUCUCAAAGAGUGCAUAAAUUCAGCAAUGCCCUCCAAAUUUAGAAAAGUCAGAACCUCUCUGAUGACUAGCCUAUCCACUCAAGUACUCAACUCCCAAGCUCGAAAGUCUAUGCAGUUGCCAGUUUACAUGAUACUUCCUAAUAAUACCAAUCAGAUGUGUUCUGUGGGAAAAACUGCAAUGCAACCAAAGGACUUAUAUCAUGAUGAUUCUUCCUUUACUGAUUCAGCUGAAGGUACCCCUGUCAACUUCUCAAGCACCACAUCCUUAAGUGAUGAAACACUGCAGUACCCAGUGAAGGAAAAUGGGUCAAAAGCCUGGCGGGUUAAGAGUAUAGACAAACCAGAACUGAUGGAUCUAGAGGCAAAGAGAAUCGAAGAACUCCGGGCUUUCUCCCGCAUCCAUAAACCUACAAAGGUAAUCAGUCAGAAUGACACAUCAACUGACCAAAUGAAAGGAGCAAUUAGGGCUGUCAUGGCUAAGCAAAGGUUUCAAAAUCGGAAUAAAGAAUUAGUGGCAAAACUGCCACAACAAAGAAGCAGAGACCAGUCACCCAACCAUCUAAUCCAAAAGCAGGAGCAGAAUCAGUCAAGGAGAUUGCCACAGUUAGAUCUGCCUGUCAUAAAACAAAGCACAGAGAUGUCCCAGAAUCAUAAAAUACUCUAUGGCAGCCAGGGUAACUUAGCAUUCCAGUCCAUGCGCCACCCAACACCCACAGAAGAAGCUAUUUAUUGCUUCUAUGAUGACCAGAUGGACAAGAAUGGGGAGGAUGGAAUGACAAAGACAGUGAGUCAUCAAAUGAAAGAUAGUACCAGUAAUAUAGUGAGCCACAGUGCAAAUAGCAUGGAUCAGGCUGCAAAUACCCAGACGAGGCACAAAGGUAGUAAUAAAGUUAAGCACAAUUUAAUUAUGGAUGAAACUCCUCCAUGCUACUCUCUCAGUUCAUCUCUCAGCUCGUUGAGUGAUGCUGACCUUGAAGAACACCAAGGUAAAUCUCAGCAAGUGUGGGUGAAAAACAGACAUCAUAAUAUGACAUCCAGCCAGAGUCGUAAUUCACCUCUGAGCAACCAUAAUCAAUAUGAUGAAAACGGAUCAUCGAGCUCAGUCAGUCUAGAUUCAGAGGAUGACCUUCUGCAGAAAUGCAUAACUUCUGCUAUGCCUAAGCAAAGGAGGAAACACUCUGGAAGAAGACGCAAGCUAGAGAGGAAACAGAAACUGAAGAACACUCAGAAAUCCAGAGAUGUCAGGAACUUGGAAAAAGACAUGGAAAGUGAUGACAUGGCAUCUGAUAAAGACUCCGAUCUCAACAGUGUUGAAUGGAGAGCCAUACAAGAGGGAGCCAAUUCUAUUGUUACAAGGCUGCAGGCUGCAUCAAAGUCACAGGAGCAUUCAUCUGAGUCUGAAUCUGUGUUCUCCUUUAUGUCUGGUGUAUCUGCAGGAUCAAGCAUUCUCCCCAUACAGGGACAAGAUGACAAACAGAAGUAUCCUACAGAAAAUAACAAGGGGAACAAAGCAUUACAAGGUAGAAAUUCACGGACACAGCUGGAUUUUUCCCAGCGUAAGCCAGUUCCAAAUUUGCCCGUUGUUUUCAGGGGUAGAACGGUGAUCUACAUGCCUAAGAAAGAAACAAGUAUCUCCCAAAGGCCACCAACGAAGAAAGUGUCACCCAAGACAGAAACUCCAGUGAAGAAUCCGGACCUAGCUCAACAGAGGUCUAGAAGCCUGCAUAGAUUAGGAAGACCUAAUGAGCCGACUGAACUUUCUUUGCCUAAAAGAAGCUCAACACCACCUGCCAGAAUACCAAAGAGCACAUCAUCUGGGUCAUCUCAAAACUCCACACCAUCCAGGCAGCCACAGAAGAAACUGACAUCCCCCCCACAACCAAACAAGUGCAGUCAUAGGAAAGAUGUAAAGCCAGCAAACAGCCCAUCUGAUAAAAAAGGAAACCCCUCUCCCCCUUCAGCUCAGAAGCCUGUAAAUACAAAAUCGCCAGCUCACAAAAAGACCCAGAAAUCACCUGUUAGAAUACCUUUCAUGCAGACCCAGUCCAGACAGUCCAUUCCAUCAAAGAAUAUAUCACCUUUAGUUUCUAACCAGCCCUCUGGUGUCUGCAGACUAAACUCCCAGGUGUCAGGGAAAAAACCCAUACCUACUAAUCGUCUUGAUUUAGUCCGCAUGACUUCUGCCCAUUCAAGCAGAGGUGAGUCAGACCGAAAUGGUUUCCUGAGACAGCUGACUUUCAUCAAGGAAUCACCUGGUGUAUCAAAACCUGAGGUUCCUUCCUCACGUUCUGUGCCUACCUCUCAGUGUGCCUCUCCCCGGAGAGCACGGCCGGGUGCCCCAGCAGUCUUUCUCUGCUCAUCACGUUGCCAAGAGCUGAAGGCUGCUGCACAAGGACACAGACUAACACAAGCAAGGGGUCAGGGACAAGGGCGAGGGCAGGAACAGGGACUUCUAAGACAGAGCCUGACUCUCUCCAGAGCCAGUUCUAGUGACAGAGACCUUUCAGUGAGACGUCCUGCCAGAAGAACCAGCUCUGAGAGCCCUUGCAGGAUACCUCAAAAGACAGUCCCAGGGGCUUGGCAACGAGAAGGAGAUGCAUUCAAGAGACACGCUUCAUCCCCCAGCAUUAACAUUCUGAACAGGAUCACCAGCCGGUCCUCUGUCCGUUCCUCAUCUUCUGACUCAAGCGGACGAGCUAAGAGUGAGGAAGACACAAAGCAGAGACACCAGCAACCAGGAUCUCAUGUCAGUGGUAGAGGUACCUGGAGGAGGAUUCGGGAUGAAGACGUACCUCAUAUAUUGAAAAGUACUCUGCCAUCCUCUGCUUUGCCCCUUGUACCAUCCCCUGAUGGGCACAAACAAAUAGGGCCACUGUUGGCAGGCAAACUGCCAACCAUCUCACUGCCACCUCGAAAAACAAGUGACGCUACCGUUCAAACAGAGGACUUCCCUACAAACAAGACUAAUUCAAGCACUUCACCCACCAUUGAGCAGGUGCCUGUCCUAUCAGAGGAGGCUGCCAAAAUAGCGCUCCUAAGAAAGAUAAACAUGGCCUCUGGAACUAACCUCUACAUGCAAGAUGGAGAUUCAGAUGGAUCCUACAAGAGCCACAGCACUGCCUCCACCUCAACCUCUCAUUCCGUGGAUGGGCACAAUGGGGGCAUUGGGCACUUUCGUCAGAGCUCUCCCAGCAAGGCUGUCAGAGUCACCCCUUUCAAUUACAUACCCAGCCCUAUGGCCUGCUGCUUGCAAGAUGUGCAGGUCCGAGCACCAAAACUCAAUGAAAAGUCAGUAGAAAAACUUGAAGCUUAGCAACGUGUCUGCCACAGCAUUCAUACAUGAAGUGGUAUCUGUGGAUUCAAACUGUGCUCCUGAUAAUGAAAUAACUCAGGUGGUACUCUGAUAUAAGCAAAACAUGACUCUUUUACCUCUGGGAUUCAACCUUUCCUGUCUCAUUGUGUCAAGAAUUCUUUGUCCUUAAUGGUUAAUGUAGCAUAUAGAACCUUAAACCACCAGACUAGACUGGCAAAUGACUUUUCAUUCUUUCAAGUGGGAUGUAUGCAUGAAACUAUUUAGGACAUCAGAGGAAGUUAAACAAAGGGGAAUUUUAUGAGACAUCACCUAAAACCAGAAGUUAUCUCAUAACAAUUGGAUGUGCAUCGUUUUUGGUACUUUUUAUAUCUGUAUAUAGACAAUUGCCUGUUUGAAGUGUUGUGUACACGAGGGACCCAAAAAGGAAAUGCUGUCUUCAGAUUUCAGGAUACUAUUCAGCCUAUCACCAUAAUUUUGGUGGGAGAAACUGCUCAAUUAUUUACAGAAAAAAUAUGCAAAUCACUGGGUUACAGCCCAGCUAAGACUUGUCAGCUACAUGUUUGAAAAAGACAUAAAUGUCACUGGAGAUACUGAAAGAUAUGACUGUUGAACUAUGAAAAAUACCUAAAGCAAACAUUCAUGGUCACACUUGCUGAGCAUAGCAUUUGUUGCAACAAACCACAUGUUAAGGUUUUGCCUUUUACCAGACUCCAGACUGUGAAAAUUAGUCUGUCUUCACUUUUACACCAGUUACAGUAUUAUAUGUACAAGUAGUCCACUACAAACUGUCUGCACUGGUGGAAUUCUGUGUAACUGUCUUUAUUUAGCAGUAUUAAUUCCUUGCAGAUACAGUACUCUACAAGCUUCCCAGUGAGCAAAAAUGACGCUAUGUGCUGCUCUUGACCGCAUGCCUCUCAACAACCCACGACCUGCACAUACCUGUUAAAAUUUUGUGGAUCUUGGUUGAAGAUUCUGUUCCUUUUGGAGAACAGAACAAGUAAACAGCUACUUUAACUCAUUUCUAAAGCAACAAAGUUAUUUUCAAUCGUUAUUGCUGAGCAAGCUUAAUGACUAUUUAAUCCAACUGUAUGGCUGUAAAUACUUAUGCUUAUAGUAUGAUAUGUUUAAUAUUAAUGUGUUUGCCUUAGAAUCAGGUAAGGUAAAGGUAAUGAAGAGGGGAAGAAACUGGCUAUUGUGGGACAAUGAAGGGACAGCUUGCAGAUUACUGGUGAAUAGUAGCCACCUACCCAAAAAGUAGUACAGUCAACUCCUUAUAACUGUCUAUCAGAUAAGUGCAUUAUUUGUUUUAUUGCAUAACAUGCAGUUAGUCAGUCUGACUGUUCCUACUUCUGUUUUGGUAAUACUCUGGUCCAAUGCAUAAUGUCACUAAGAAUUCCAAACAUAUGCAAUCAUCAGGAGUCAGCUAUAUUCGGUUGCAGAACUCAGUUUGGAAGAUAGUUUUUUAUGAAUAAAGAUUAGAAACCCUUCUUGAACCUGAAGCCUCCUUAAACAACACAGAAAUUACUGUACUAUUCAGUGAAGGAUGAAAGAUGACAAAGUAUGCACAAGUGAAAAAAAUCCGGUGAUGUGUACUUGGUGUGUGCUUCAGCAGUCUAUGUCUUUCCUCCAUCACUGAACCUUGGAUGCAGGGGGGAAAAACAGCUGCAAUUAGCAAGUUACACUGACUGACAUCCUGCUCUCAAAUGGAGGUCUGUCGCUAGGUGUUCAAAACAUCAGCAAAUGAUGUACUCAUUUAUCAAAAAAUACAGAGCUCACAGCAGAGUUAACUUGUAUUUUUACUAAAAAAGCUGUUGUUUUGUAGCACUUUUCUUAGCCAGAUAUCCUUUGACUCCCUUGUGGAGUUAGCUAGGUGGACAAGUGACUUCUGUAUUCUUAUUCUCUCAAUUAAAACAUAGAUAUGCAGCACAACUAGAAAUGAGUAAGUCUGACAACAUAAAAGCAUCUUGUCCCUUCACUUUGGUCAAGCAACAGAUGUGUGACAUGAUAUAAUCAUAUUGAAACACUUACUGGUUUGCAUUCAUUGAAAAAUAAGGGAGCCCAAACUGUCAUCAGCUUAACAGAAAAUGGGUUCCACAGUGUUAGUUUCCUUCAAAUUCUAUUAUAUCCCUCUACAUAUGUACACAGCACAGACUUCCUUACAUACAAAGCUUUUUUGUAAUAAAAUGUGAAUAAUUCCUUUACCCAUAUUCCCAGUUGCAUUAAGGAAAGCUCAACAUUUCAGUACUGAAAUACUGAACUGGAAGUUUUGACUUGGAUAAAAUAAAUGAAUGGGGUACAUUGUGUUACCAACAGGAAGUGCUGUGAGUUGCAGUAUUGGGGAAAAUACACUUUUUUAUCUGUUACAAUCCCCUUAAUUUGAAUAAAAAGGAAAUGAUGGUAUUGAAAAGGUGUACAGUGUUCAUAAAGGUGAUGGGUAAUGUACUGGAUAAUAA